AUGGUGAAGGCAAUUGUUGAUUCAAUUGUUAUUUUAAUUAGAGACAUUCCAGAUGCGAAAGAAGGUGGACUCCUGCACUUAUGUGAAUUCAUUGAGGAUUGCGAAUUCACAUAUCUUUCUACCCAGAUACUUCACUUUAUUGGAAAUGAGGGACCCAAGACCUCGGAUCCUAGCAAAUAUAUCCGCUAUAUUUACAAUCGAGUUAUACUCGAGAAUGCUACUGUGCGAGCCAGCGCCGUCAGCACACUGGCAAAAUUUGGUGCCCUGGUUGAUUCCCUGAAGCCUCGCAUAUUUAUCUUAUUGAGGCGUUGCCUGUUCGACAAUGAUGAUGAGGUCCGAGAUAGAGCUACUCUUUAUUUGAACAGUCUUGGUGAUGGUUCAGUUACUGAAACUGACAAAGAUGUAAAGGAAUUUUUGUUUGGAUCACUUGAUAUACCACUAACAAAUAUUGAGACUACUUUGAGAAACUAUGAACAGAAUCCUACAGAAGAGCCUUUUGAUAUCAAUUCUGUACCCAGGGAGGUAAAGUCUCUGCCCCUUGUCGAGAAGAAAGCCCCAGGAAAGAAGCCAACUGCUUUGGGUGGUCUACCUCCUGCACCCACUUCUGCAUCCGAUGCUUAUGAAAGGCUUCUCUCCUCUAUUCCUGAAUUUGCAAAUUAUGGAAAGCUUUUCAAGUCGUCAGUGCCAGUGGAGCUUACAGAAGCAGAAACUGAGUAUGCAGUUAAUGUCGUCAAGCACAUAUUUGACCAACAUGUGGUGUUUCAGUACAAUUGCACAAAUACAAUACCAGAGCAGCUGCUUGAAAAUGUGACUGUUAUUGUGGAUGCUUCUGAAGCGGAGGAAUUCUCUGAAGUAGGAGUCAAACCUUUGAAAUCACUUCCUUAUGAUACACCAGCCCAAACAUUUGUGGCAUUUGAGAAAGCUGAAGGUGUCCCCGCGGUUGGAAAAUUUUCUAACACGUUGAGGUUCACUGUUAAAGAGGUUGAUACCUCUACUGGAGAGGCUGAAGAUGAUGGUGUGGAAGAUGAAUACCAGCUAGAAGAUUUUGAGGUUGUAGCCGCUGAUUACAUUCUAAAAGUGGGAGUCUCUAACUUUAGGAAUGCAUGGGAAAGCAUGGACCCUGAUACGGAGCGCAUAGAUGAAUAUGGCCUUGGGCCCAGGGAAAGCCUUGUCGAGGCUGUUAAUGCAGUCAUCAGUCUUCUUGGCAUGCAGCCUUGUGAGGGCACAGAGACGGUCCCAAACAACUCAAGAUCGCAUACAUGUUUAUUAUCUGGUGUGUACAUAGGCAACGUGAAGGUGCUUGUCCGUUUGUCAUUUGGAAUGGAUGCGACGAAAGAGGUGGCGAUGAAAUUAGCUGUGAGAUCCGACGAUGUGAAUGUGAGUGAAGCCAUUCAUGAAAUAGUUGCUAGUGGAUAGUCAACU